CAAGUAUUUUCUAAUUAAACUAGUAUCGUUUGGAGCAAAUAUAUAUUGUAUAAUUAAUGUUACACUUAUGGAAACAGGUGGCAUCGGCACAAAGCGAUUUUGCUCAUCCGUGCACAUGGGGAACUACUGCGACUACGUGAAACAGCCGGGUGACAAACUGACCUAUCGCACUUGCGUAUUCACGUGUUCCGAAGACGGAUGCAAUUCAGCGAUGUCCUUCAUGCCGGAUGCAAUUUAUACGUGGAUCAUGCCGGCGAGUUUAGUGGUAGUCUGGAAAAAGCUGUUUCACAGGUAGAAGCUUCUCUGAGAAGCUUAAGACACAAAUUUAUUAUUC